UCUUGAGAAACCAUGCCACUAUUGGACUGAAAUCUUCACUCAGCCACCUUCCCGCAUUCGCUCUGCUUUCCCGCCUUCCGCCAGAUCUGUGCGCGUGCGCCGCCGUCUUCUCCUGCCUCCUGCGCCACACCAAGCCCGCAUUCUGCCACUUGUCGCACAUUCGCUGGUGAAAUCUACGAGUUCACUACCUUGUCUAAAACACCUUCAUCCGAGCACAUACUCACUCACUGCUACUAUGCUUCCGUAUGGGUCCCUCUCGGAGGCAGAGAUCGCCAUGGGCCGUAACCUCACUGUGGCAGAGACUUUGUGGUUCAACUACUCAGCGACCAAGUCGGACUACUUUCUGUACUGCCACAACAUCCUGUUUCUGUUCCUAAUCUUCAGCCUAGCCCCACUCCCUUAUGUCUUCAUUGAGAUCAUGCACCUCUAUCCUUUCGACUCCUACAAGAUCCAGCCCAAGGUCCGACUCUCCCUCCAAGAAAUGCUUAAUUGCUACAAGGACGUCAUGCGCAUGUUCUUGCUUGUUGUCGGUCCCCUCCAACUCGUUUCCUAUCCUUCCAUUCAGAUGAUUGGGAUCAGGAUGGGGCUUCCAUUGCCAUCAGUGUGGGAGGUGGUGGCACAGCUCGUGGUGUAUUUCUUGAUAGAGGACUACACAAACUACUGGCUUCAUAGGUUCCUGCAUAUGAACAGGUGGGGGUAUGAGAACAUUCACAAGGUGCACCAUGAGUAUGAGGCUCCAAUUGGUUUUGCCGCGCCGUAUGCGCAUUGGGCAGAGAUCCUUCUCCUUGGGAUUCCGUCGUUCCUUGGUCCAGCAAUUGUCCCUGGUCACGUGAUCACCUUCUGGUUGUGGAUAGCAUUGCGCCAGAUUGAAGCCAUUGACACACACAAAGGGUAUGAGUUUCCGUGGGCUAUCACAAAACUCAUUCCAUUUUAUGGUGGCGCUGAUCAUCAUGAUUACCAUCAUUAUGUUGGAGGACAAAGCCAUAGCAAUUUCGCUUCAGUUUUCACAUACUGUGAUUAUGUCUAUGGCACUGACAAGGGAUAUCGUUAUCAGAAGAAAAUACUAAAGAAGUUGAAGGAAGACUUGGCUAAUGUCGUCGAGCAGAACGGAGGAUCAUACAAGAAAUCUGACUAAAACGGUGAAAACAUCAUCCUAUGGGUUCGGAGUGUAACAAGUUUUGACUGUUUCAAACUACGAUUUCACUUGGACAUAUAAUUCCGGUGGUGGUAAAAUAGAUGUCAUUCGGUUAGGUUAAUGGUGCAGGUUAGUAGAGUGGCCCUUUAUAUAUUGUAAUUUUGUGUUAGAAGAGAGGGUUGGGGGAAGGAAUUUCUACUGUUAGUCAUCUUUUUUUUUUGUUUGUUAUGUAAGAAUGCUCAUUCCCCCUAUGGGCUCGGAUUGGAAAAUGCCGAAACAUGAAAAAGAGCCUCCUCUGGAAUGUGAUUCAGAUUACAGGAAUUGUAAGCUCAGUUUUGUGGACUUUGUUGAUUGUAUAUGUUGUCAUGUUGAAUAGGGGUGGGUUUUGUUAUUCCAUCAGGAAUUGAUGUGAAAAACUUAUGACAUUAAUUAGUACAAGAGGGUUUAUCCUUGCCCAUUUGCCCAUCAUAAAUGGAAAGAUGGGACAAUUUCAGAGUAUUACUCC